AUGGCCCGUCCGCGCCAAGGAUCUUCAAAUACCAUAGUAAUCAAACUAGGGUCGUCGUCUAUUGUUCAUGAAACCACGCACAUGCCGCUUCUCUCGACCCUCUCGGCCGUGGUCGAGACGGUCGUCCAUCUACGCCAGCAGGGACACAAGGUUGUCCUUGUUAGUUCAGGGGCCAUCGCGGUUGGGUUGAAACGGAUGGAUGUAGCGUAUCGUCCGAAGAGUUUGUCGGGAAAGCAGGCAUUGGCUGCUAUAGGCCAGGGCAGAUUGAUCGCUCUAUGGGAUAACCUCUUUGGGCAACUAGAGCAGCCUAUUGCGCAGGUUCUGCUAACAAGAGGUGAUAUAUCUGACCGGACCCGCUACUUAAAUGCGGUAAGCACGUUCAAGGAGUUACUGUCCAUGGGCGUUGUCCCAAUCGUUAAUGAAAACGAUACGAUCUCCGUCAGCGAAAUAAAAUUCGGCGACAACGAUACCUUGUCCGCCAUCACGUCUUCUAUGAUACAUGCUGACUAUCUGUUUCUUCUGACUGACGUGGACGGGUUGUACACUGCGAAUCCUCGAAAAGACCCAACGGCGAAGCCUAUCGAGACUGUCUCUUCCAUUGCGACAAUUCGCUCCCAAGUCAGCACAACCACGCUAGGUUCUAGUCUGGGAACUGGCGGAAUGGAGACCAAGCUCAUCGCUGCGGAGAUUGCGACAGCAGCAGGUGUCACAACCGUCAUCACAUCAAGCAAAGACCCCAAGAACAUAUUCAAGAUCAUAGAGUAUAAUAAUGCUUUGAAAUCAGGGACAUCGACACCAAUAGAGAUUUCAGGUCGCUCUAGUCCUGAAUCAUCACUUGUAGAAGAUGCUGGGCCUCCAUCCGACACUUCUACAUCAUCUGUAUCAAAAACGCCGACGGGCGACGCCCCACGGCCACCGCAUACGUUGUUCAAACCCUCUCCUGUUCCGUUGCGCGACCUGAAGUCUUGGACCAGUCAUACCCUUAAUCCAUCAGGAACUGUUAUCAUCGACAGAGGAGCACACAGUGUGUUGUCCCGACGCGAGUCAGGUGGACGAUUGCUUCCUGCUGGUGUUCUCGGCGUCCGAGGCGCAUUUGCGUCCGGACAAGCAGUUCGGAUCGUGAUACGACGCCAAGUAUCCGGAUCGAGCGAGUCGGCGACGGCAGUCGAGGAACUACAUUACUCUCAUGCUGAUUCUGGCCCGGGAACGACAGUGCCCAACACGCCGAUAUUGUUUGCGAACGCAUCUGCGACGUCGUCAAUGUCUGAGUUAGAUCCUGGACUGGACUUAGACCCAUUGUCGUUGCCGACGGUAGAUGAGGACAUGACGCCAUCUACGUCCUUGAGAAUGCUUCCUGCUGAGGAGGAGGUUUUUGUGGAAAAUCCGGCUGGAGAGAGUGAUGAAUGGGAAGUAGAGGAAGUUGGACGCGGUCUUGCGAACUACAACUCAGCCCAGAUUAACAGAGUGAAGGGGCUCAAAAGUUCGUACAUUGCGCAACUGCUAGGAUACGCGGAUUCCGAGUAUGUCGUGGAGAACAUCACAAUUCGUGUUCCGCCCUGA